GCAACAUGGCGGCCUGCGGAAGGUUACUGGCAUCGUGGGUGCGUCGCAGCGGCCGUCUCGCUGGCUCUCCUGUGCUGAGAAAUGCGGCAGCCGCAACACCUUCCCGUUGUGCCAUUCACAAACUCCAGUUCAGCACCAGUUCCGUGCGGUUCCUUCCUGCCGUUACCCAGCAUGCUCCACAUUUUAAAGGCACCGCAGUAGUCAAUGGGGAGUUUAAAGAGCUGAGCCUGGAAGACUAUAAGGGCAAAUACUUGGUUCUUUUCUUCUACCCUUUGGACUUCACUUUUGUGUGUCCCACUGAGAUUGUGGCUUUCAGUAACAAGGCAAAUGAAUUUCAUGAUGUAAACUGUGAGGUUGUGGCAGUGUCUGUGGAUUCUCACUUCUGUCACCUUGCAUGGACCAACACACCAAGAAAGAGUGGAGGACUGGGUCAGAUGAACAUCCCCCUGCUGUCUGACUUGAAUAAACAAAUCUCCCGUGAUUAUGGGGUUCUGCUGGAGACUCCGGGCAUUGCUCUAAGGGGGCUUUUUAUUAUUGAUCCCAAUGGAAUAAUCAAGCACAUGAGUGUGAAUGACCUUCCCGUUGGAAGGAGCGUAGAGGAGACCUUGCGACUAGUGAAGGCUUUUCAGUUUGUGGAGACGCACGGUGAAGUCUGUCCGGCCAACUGGACCCCUGACUCACCAACAAUAAAACCCAGUCCGGAAGGAUCCAAAGACUACUUUGAGAAAGUGCACUGACGCCCGGAAGGCUGUGAAUUCCCCAAUGAAAGUUCAUUCAGAUGAUUUGAGUUUCCAAUCAAGGCAAAUAAUAAUACAUUUUGUGUAGUUGAACAUCAAACCUUAGCUGCCCUGGCUAAUACCCAGAGAUCAAUGGCAUUGUCUAGGCCAAUGAUUCUGAUUUUCACUGGUCCAAAACCCUCUAAUUGAUCAAUGUGGAAUAUCCAGAAAUCCGGCCUUCUUUAAAGACACUGAAUAUAAAAGUAGCAGCCUGGGGCGCACGUGAGAACUGAUAUGCUAACAGCACUUAAUCUUUAGAAUAAAGGAUCAAUUCAA